AUCUUUCGCUCUCCCAAAUAUAGCCUCCCCAUAGUCGUAAUUUUAUCUUUCCUACCCUUCUAACUUUGUUGACUUCAACAAUUUGGAUCAUUACAUUCUAUUAUUUUCUCUUUAAUGGCUAGUACUGACAUCAUUGUAUGGUUUGUGAUGAUGAUGUCUACAAUAUUGCUAGUUUUUCUGAAUUCAAAACCAUUGUUGGUAAAAGGUGAACAAAAGGUGCCCUGUUUGUUCAUAUUGGGAGAUUCUUUAUUUGAUAAUGGAAAUAACAAUAAUCUCCUCACUGCUGCGAAGGCUAAUUAUCCACCUUAUGGAAUUGAUUUUCCUCAUGGUCCUACUGGUAGAUUCACCAAUGGCCGGAAUGUAGCAGACUUUAUCGCUGAACUAUUGGGUUUCGAUAAGUAUAUUGAGCCAUUUGCUACUGUGAAGGGUGUGGAUAUGUUUAAGGGGGUGAACUAUGCAUCUGGUGCAGCUGGAAUUCUUGACGAAACAGGAAUUCAUGUGACUUGUACCGUUCUUAUCGUUCAGGGAGACAGAAUCAGCUUGAAUACGCAAUUGCUAAAUCACAACGUGACAAUUUCCCACAUGUCUACUCUGCUUGGAAAUAACAUCUUAGCUAUGGAGUACCUAAGCAAAUGUAUAUACAUUGUUCAAAUGGGCAACAAUGAUUAUAUCAAUAACUAUUUGCUGCCUCAGUUGUACCCAUCAAGCCAUUUGUACAAACCAGAACAGUUUGCUACAAUCCUAAUUCAGCAAUACUCAGAACAAUUAAAGACUUUGUACCUUUACGGAGCAAGAAAAGUUGUUGUAUUCGGUCUAGGAGAUAUAGGCUGUGUUCCAACAGAAUUGGAUUCGUAUGGGACAGAUGACUCUGUGUGUGUCAACUCUAUAGAUAGUGCAGUCCAAAAAUUCUCGGACAAGAUUAAACCAAUGAUCGAUGAUCUCAACAGUAAUUUGCCCAACGCAAAUUUCAUAUACAUAAAUUCAACAAGCAUUGCAGUACCAUAUCCUUCAUCUAUCGGUAUAACAAAUCUACGUGAACCAUGCUGCGAAAUUUCGGCCAUUAUAGGUGAAGGGCAGUGCAAACAUGGAGGAGGUGCAUGCAGUGAUAGAUCAGCACAUUAUUUUUGGGAUGGUUUUCACCCCUCAGAAGCUCCAAAUAAGGUCACUGCUGAAAGAGCUUACACUGCUCUUCUAUCCACUGAUGCCUAUCCUUUUGACAUUAGUCAGUUGGCUCAGCUCUAAAUAAUAUAGACUUUAGAGUUGCAGGCCAUUAUAACUUAUGCCAGUCUUUAAAUAAACGCUAUUCUGCUACCUCAUUUUGUAUAAUGUAAUUGAUCUAUGUCAAAUAUGAGUCAAAUUCUUGAAUUAGAGCUAAAACUUGAAUGCUUUGAACAUAACUUGUGAAUUCUAUAUAUUGUUAGCAGUAAAAAUUGUCUUGGAUGAAAGAUACCUCAUACCAUUAUAUAAUUAUUGAUGAAGGGCACUAGUUCCA